AAAAGACCACUGCUGAAAAUGUUCCGUCUGCUAAGCUGCCAGUGCAUAAUGGGCCUUCUCAAAAACCAACCACUGCAAUCCCACUCACAGUACCAUCCUUGAAUAUUUCAGGUGUGACCACAGCACUACCAGAUAUAUCCUUGUUAACACCGGCAUCAGUAUCUACUAAAGUAAUGCAGACUGUGUCAGUGGCAUAUAAGGAAUCAUACCAGAACGAGGGAAGAAAACCUGCUAAUAAAAAGCCUACAACAGAAGCAUCUCUUCCUGCUAAAGCUGAGCUAAGUAUCAAAACUCCAACUGAUGCGGGGUUUCCCACCACACAGCAUCCAAGCCAGCUGACAUCCCAAACAUUAGUCACGCCUGUCUUGCAAACUACUGCAUCUCCCACGUGGGGGGAAAAGUUCUGGCAUGCACCAUCUCCUAAAAUUGCAGAAAGUGGCAAAACUUUCCUGGUCAACACUUUGACCAUAUUGAACUCUCCACAGAGUUUCACUCAACAUACUCCCGUGUGGGAGAAAAAGAAAAACAGUUAUCAUAGAAGUUGGUCUGAGAAGAGAGCAGACCAGGAAACCACAACCACCAAUCUGGUUGCCUUAGAAUCUUUCCAUCAUAACAGGCUAGCCAAACCCAGGAUAAUUGGGGGAAAACUUGCAGCAUUUACUGUCCUGGCUAAUUCUGAUGCCUUCAUCCCUUGUGAAGCCACUGGUAACCCUCGGCCAACAGUACACUGGACCAAAAUAUCAGGAGCUGAAGCCCUGAAACAAAAACACGACAGCAGAUUUGACGUUCUUCCCAAUGGCACUCUCUCCAUUGAGAAUGUGAACAUCCAGGACCGUGGACAGUAUCUAUGUGUGGCUGCCAACCAGCAUGGUUCUGACAAGCUUCUAAUCACAUUGUCUGUGGUGGCCUAUCCACCUAGAAUCCUGGGAGGAAGGUCGAAGAUAAUUACUGUCCACUCUAGCAAGCCUAUGUCCAUGAAAUGUACAGCUGAAGGCCGUCCGACCCCUACCAUUUCCUGGAUCCUUGCAAACAAAACAUACAUCUCACAAUCUUCUGUGGGAAAUGAGGCAGCUUUUGUGCAAGCAGACGGGACGCUGAUGAUAAAGAAAGUCAGCAUGUAUGACAGAGGGGUUUACACCUGCACGGCGAGCAAUCCGGCAGGUUCCGAUUCAAUGGUAGUAAGACUGCAAGUAAUUGCUGCCCCACCCAUUAUACUGGAAGAAAAGAGACAGCAUGUGCUAGGGAGCGUGGGGGAAAGUCUGAAGCUUCCUUGCACGGCCAAAGGAAACCCUCAUCCAAAUGUUCACUGGGUCCUCUUUGAUGGAACUGCAGUGAAACCUUUGCAGUAUAUCAAUAGCAAGCUAUUCCUGUUCCCCAAUGGAACCCUUUACCUCAAGAAUAUAGCCGCAUCAGACACAGGAAAGUAUGAAUGCAUAGCUACCAGCUCCACUGGUUCUGAGAGGAGAGUGGUAACACUUCAGGUAGAACACAGUGAGACAAUCCCUAGAAUUGCAGAUGCAUCGCAAAGGUUGACUCAACUGAAUUUUGGGGACAGGUUGCUUCUGAAUUGCUCAGCUAUGGGAGAGCCAAAGCCCAGAAUAAUUUGGAGACUGCCUUCCAAAGCUGUGGUUGACCAGUGGCACAGAAUGGGAAGCCGAAUCCACGUACACCCCAAUGGGUCCCUGGUUAUUGAGGCAGUCACAGGAAAAGAUGCAGGUGACUAUUUGUGUGUGGCAAGAAACAAAAUGGGAGAUGACCUAAUCCUUAUGAAAGUUAGCGUGACAAUGAAGCCUGCAAAAAUUGAUCAAAAGCAGUAUUUUAAGAAACUGGUACCUUAUGGAAAAGAGUUCAAAGUGGACUGUAAAGCUUCCGGGUCACCUGAACCAGAAAUAUCUUGGAGUCUGCCAGAUGGCACAGUGAUCAAUAAUGUGAUGCAAGCGGAUGACAGCGGGCACAGGUCUCGGAGAUACACUCUGUUUGACAAUGGAACUCUGUACUUCAACGAAGUUGGAAUCGCUGAGGAAGGAGACUACACGUGCUAUGCUCAAAACACACUUGGAAAAGAUGAGAUGAAAGUUCACAUAACAGUAGUAGCAGCUGCACCUCGUAUCAAGCAGAACUCUAAGACCUAUGCAAAGGUGAAAGCAGGAGAUACCGCAGUGUUUGACUGCGAAGCCAUUGGAGAGCCUAAGCCAAAAAUAUUUUGGCUGCUCCCUUCUAGUGACAUGAUUUCCGCUUCCAGCAAUAGAUAUUUUCUACAUGUUAAUGGAUCAUUGUCUGUCUCUAAGGUGAGGCUGUUAGAUGCUGGAGAAUAUGUAUGUGUUGCACGUAACUCUGGUGGAGAUGACACAAAGCUGUAUAAACUAGAUGUGGUCUCUAAACCACCUCUUAUCAAUGGCUUGUAUACAAACAAGACUGUCAUUAAAACAACAGCCAUAAAGCAUUCAAAGAAGCAAAUAGACUGUAGAGCUGAAGGAACACCCCUACCCCAAGUCAUGUGGAUCAUGCCUGACAAUAUUUUCCUGACUGCCCCAUACUAUGGGAGCAGAAUAACAGUACACAGUAACGGGACUCUUGAAAUUCGUAAUGUAAGAUCUUCAGACACGGCAGAGUUCAUCUGUGUGGCCCGUAAUGAUGGGGGAGAAAGCAUAUUGGUGGUCCAGCUGGAGGUGUUAGAAAUGCUAAGACGUCCAAUGUUUAGAAAUCCUUUUAAUGAGAAAGUAAUAGCAAAGCCUGGGAAAACAACUUUUUUGAAUUGUUCUGUAGAUGGCAACCCUCCUCCCGAAAUAAUCUGGAUGUUACCAAAUGGUACAAGGCUCUUCAGGGGCGUCAGAAUGCUCCAGUAUUACUUGGGAAGCAACGGCACCCUCGUUGUCUAUAGCCCUUCUAAAGCUGAUGCAGGCAAGUAUCGGUGUGCAGCUAAAAACAAGGUUGGCUAUAUUGAAAAACUGAUUGUGCUGGAAGUUGGCCAGGAACCAACCAUUUUGACCCCCUCAGGAGGAGCAAUAAAGAGUAUUAGUGGGGAAUCAGUAUCCCUCCACUGUCUUGCAGCCGGGAGUCCCAAACCAAACAUUGUAUGGACAGUACCUAGUGGCCAUGUCCUAGACCGUCCCCAAAUGAAUGGAAGAUACACAUUAAUGGAAAAUGGUACUUUAAUUAUCAGAGAAACAACCAUUCAGGACAGAGGAAGUUAUGUCUGCAAAGCUCAGAACUAUGCUGGUGAUUCAACAAUAGUAGUUUUUGUAAUGGUUAUAGCCCAUCCGCCACGGAUUACAAACAGACCACCAAGGAAUAUACGCACUGUGGCUGGAGCAUCAAUUCAGCUUAAUUGCAUGGCACUGGGAAUACCGAAUCCAGAAAUUACAUGGGAGCUGCCUGACCACUCACUGCUUUCCACAGGCAGCAAAGGCCGACCAUCUGGAAGUGAACUUCUUCACCCACAAGGAACAUUAGUCAUUCAGAAUCCCAAAUCUUCGGAUACUGGCACAUAUAGAUGUACGGCCAAGAACCAGCUUGGCAGUGAUUCCACAGUAACAUACGUUCAAGUCAUCUGAAAUGAGAACGAAUACUCCGAACAAGUGAUAACAAAAGUCUAAUCUGGACAACA